AUGAGAGCCAAAUAUGUUCUGGACCAACUUUUUCGCAAGAAAACUUUCGUCGGUGGAUCGGCUCUCGACUCGCAGCUGAAACGAUGUCUGGGAGUGAUCGAUGUGAUGUUCAUAGCUGUAGGCCAAAUGGUUGGAGCUGGUCUCUACGUAUUAGCUGGGUUUGCCGCCCUUAUGUCGGCUUUUAGCUAUGCCGAGUUCGGUGCCAGGUUUCCUCGAGCCGGUAGCGCUUAUACUUAUACCUACAUCGGCGUGGGCGAACUGGCUGCUUUCGGAAUUGGUUGGACCGUCGCACUCGAGUACAUGAUUGGAAACGCAGGUUCAGUUUAUCUAUCAACCCCAUUCUUUUGA